UUUCUGGCUCUUUUUUCUACCUCAGUCUUGGCAGCGGCGGCCGCAGGAGCAGCAGCGGCAGCAACAGCGGCAGCAGGCUGGCAGGCUGGCAGCGGGGAGUGGGGAGUGAGGCACACAGGGGAGGUGCGGGGGCCCGAGGUGCAGCUCGAAUGGGACGGGGCCCCCAGCCCUGGACAGAUGCAGUGCCAAACUUGAUGCCACCCUCCAGCUUCUCCGGACUGAAGAGGGAAUGGAUGCGGCCACAGCUCCAAAGCAAGUCUGGCCCCCUUGGCCCCCCCUCCUUCUCCUGCUCCUCCUGCCUGGAGGGAUCAGUGACAGCUGCCCUGCUGUGUGCGACUGCACCACCCAACCCCAGGCUGUGCUCUGUGGUCAUAGGAGACUGGAGGCUGUCCCUGGGGGACUCCCACUGGACACUGAGCUCCUGGACCUGAGUGGGAACCGCUUGUGGGGGCUGCAGCGGGGAAUGCUCUCCCGCCUGAGCCUGCUCCGGGAACUGGACCUCAGCUACAACCAGCUCUCCACCCUUGAACCCGGGGCCUUCCAUGGCCUGCAAAGCCUACUCACCCUGAGGUUGCAGGGCAAUCGACUCAGAAUCAUGGGACCUGGGGUCUUCUCAGGCCUGUCGGCCCUGACACUGCUGGACCUCCGCCUCAACCAGAUUGUCCUCUUCCUAGAUGGAGCUUUUGGGGAGCUAGGCAGCCUCCAGCAGCUAGAGGUUGGGGACAACCACCUGGUGUUUGUGGCUCCGGGGGCCUUUGCAGGGCUGGCCAAGCUGAGCACUCUCACCCUGGAGCGCUGUAACCUCAGCACAGUGCCUGGUCUUGCCCUCGCCCGUCUGCCAGCUCUAGUGGCUCUAAGGCUUCGAGAACUGGAUAUCGGGAGGCUGCCAGCCGGUGCCCUCCGGGGGCUGGGACAGCUAAAGGAGCUGGAGAUUCACCACUGGCCAUCUCUGGAGGCGCUGGACCCUGGGAGCCUGGCUGGGCUCAAUCUCAGCAGCCUGGCCAUCACUCGCUGCAAUCUGAGCUCGGUGCCCUUCCAAGCGCUGCACCACCUGAGCUUCCUCAGAGUCCUGGAUCUGUCUCAGAACCCCAUCUCAGCCAUCCCAGCCCGAAGGCUCAGCCCCCUGGUGCGGCUGCAGGAGCUCCGCCUGUCGGGGGCGUGCCUCACCUCCAUCGCCGCCCACGCCUUCCACGGCUUGACUGCCUUCCACCUCCUGGAUGUAGCAGAUAACGCCCUUCAGACGCUGGAGGAAACGGCCUUUCCUUCUCCAGACAAACUGGUUACCCUGAGGCUGUCUGGCAACCCCCUAACCUGUGACUGCCGCCUCCUCUGGCUGCUCCGGCUCCGUCGCCGUCUGGACUUUGGCACGUCCCCCCCUGCCUGUGCUGGCCCCCAGCAUGUCCAGGGGAAGAGCCUAAGGGAGUUUUCAGACAUCCUACCUCCAGGGCACUUCACUUGCAAACCAGCCCUGAUCCGGAAGUCUGGGCCUCGAUGGGUCAUUGCAGAGGAGGGGGGCCACGCUGUUUUCUCCUGCUCUGGUGAUGGAGACCCAGCCCCCACUGUCUCCUGGAUGAGGCCUCAGGGGGCUUGGCUGGGAAGGGCUGGGAGAGUAAGGGUCCUAGAGGAUGGGACACUGGAGAUCCGUUCAGUGCAGCUACGGGACCGAGGGGCCUAUGUCUGUGUGGUCAGCAAUGUGGCGGGGAAUGACUCCCUGAGGACCUGGCUGGAGGUCAUCCAAGUGGAACCACCAAAUGGCACGCUCUCGGACCCCAACAUGACCAUGCCGGCGAUCCCAGGCCCUUUCUUUCUGGACAGCAGAGGCGUGGCUAUGGUGCUGGCAGUUGGUUUCCUCCCCUUCCUCACCUCAGUGACCCUCUGCUUUGGCCUGAUUGCCCUCUGGAGCAAGGGCAAGGGCCGGGUCAAGCAUCAUGUGACCUUUGACUUUGUGGCACCUCGGCCCUCUGGGGAUAAGAACUCUGUGAGUAACCGGGUCACUGCCAAGCUCUUCUGACCUUUCCUUCAACGCUGGGACCCAGCCAAGUCAGCUUCAGACACCUAAAGGGAAGACAGAACCAAGACUACUUGGACCGGAACCUAAUCCCAAGUCACACAGCCUUGUGCCAGCAACUAGUGAUGCUUCCUGCUAGACAGUCCGCUUCCUGAGCUUUUCCAGUCUGAGGAUAGCACUGUCAUCUCUUCUCUGAGGGCCCCAGGGAGCUGCAGAUACAGACCCUGUAGUCAACCCUGCCCUCCCUUUGCCCCCUAUUCCUCUGGCCUCCCCACCCCAAGCAGAAAAUAUAACCAAGACGCCAGUCUGCUAGCCUAACCACUAGGCAUUCUUUACACUCACUCAUAUCCUUUUAUAACCAAUUGCAACUGCCAACCAUAGCCGUAAGAUUAUUUCAGAGGUGGGGCUGGGAAAUGCCACUUGCUUCUUGGAGUCUGUGCCCCCAUCAGGCAGUCUGCCUUUCUUUUCUGCUUCCCACUCCAACCCCUGUCCCUAGGUGCAUGAACCAGAGCCAAGGAUCCUCAGGCUAUGGAGAAGAGGAUGGGGACAGAGUGUGGGAUGGGGGAGGACAGACCACACCCUGCACUAUGUCUGCGUGAGCCUCCACCACUGUUCCUGUCUGUCAGAUCAUUAAACCUGCAGCCAAAUGGCCACAACAGUAGCAGCCAAAGCUA